GCUAGCGUUAUUUUGACCCGAGACCGAGUCCACAGCACAGCUGAUAGCGCGUCGCGUACGUCGCAGUACUCUCAGUAGGUGAUAGCACGUUAUAUCGUCACGAACAUGAAUUUGACACCCAGGAGAUCAUACAAGGAAAAACGCUCGUUCGAGCAGCGAUCUGUUAGUGCAGAGGAAAUCAGAAAGCUGCAUCCAACUAAAAUCCCCAUUAUUGUAGAGCGUUACAAAUUAGAAAAUCAGCUGCCACUUUUGGACAAGAGUAAAUUUCUAGUGCCAGAUUUUCUAACUGUAGCGGAAUUUUGCAAAAUAAUCAGACGUCGGCUACAAUUGAAUCCUACGCAAGCUAUUUUCCUACUAGUGAAUCAGAAAAGUAUGGUAAGCGGUAGUUUGACCAUGGCCGAGCUCUAUCAAAAUGAAAAGGAUCCAGAUGGUUUUCUGUACGUUGUGUUCGCUAGUCAGGAUGUAUUUGGUAAUCAUUAACCGUUUACGUUGCGAGCUAAUUUUAAACCAUGCAAAAAACGAAAUACCUCCUCGGCACUUAAUGAUACUUUGAUAGAUGUUUAUGUGGAUUUUUGUGGGGAUUCUACAUCUGCUAGCAACUCUGUCUGCCUUUAUUGGAAAUGUGCAGAAUCUUUGUGAUCAACUUACCGUACCUGGAAUAAUUAACAGAACAAUCAAUUUGUUUUUUGGAAUGUGUAUAAAUUAUGGUGCUUUUUAUCCCUUUGACAUA